AAAUUUGAAAAUUGGACAACGAAGUAGAAUUUCUACCCAGAAGAAAUUUUCAAUUUUCGUUGUAAAGAGAGCGAUUGAGCAUUGGGAAAAGCGGCUUCUCUCAAUUUCCAGACGCAGCUCCAUCUCUAUUAGGGUUUUGGACGUUUCUGUGCGGUGUUAGGGCUUGCACAACGCUCGCUGAUUCGCGUUGGGAAUUUUGAGAUUCGGUUCCUUCUGCUGCUGACAGAUUUAGGGCAUUUUUUUCCUCGAAGGUCGCAGUUGGUCAUCUUCUUCUUUUGAGUAGCGUUGCAAAUAUUGGCAAAUUAAAGCCCUAACUUGUCGAGGAAUUUUCGAUGGGGAAGAACGAAUUCUUAACCCCUAAAGCAAUUGCAAACAGAAUCAAGGCGAAGGGGCUCCAGAAACUCAGGUGGUAUUGCCAGAUGUGCCAGAAGCAGUGCCGGGAUGAGAAUGGCUUCAAGUGUCACUGUAUGAGUGAGAGCCACCAGCGCCAAAUGCAGAUUUUUGGCCAGAAUCCGCAUCGCAUUGUUGAAGGUUACUCCGAAGAGUUUGAGAGUUCUUUCAUGGAACACAUCAAGCGCAGCCAUCGGUUCAGUCGUGUGGCAGCCACUGUUGUCUACAACGAAUACAUUAACGACCGRCAUCAUAUUCAUAUGAACUCUACGCAGUGGGCUACUCUCACUGAGUUUGUAAAACAUUUGGGUMGAACUGGUCAGUGUAAGGUGGAGGAGACUCCCAAGGGUUGGUUCAUUACUUACAUAGAUAGAGAUUCAGAAACACUUUUCAAAGAAAGAAUGAAGAAUAAGAGGAUGCGGGCAGAUCUAGCUGAAGAAGAGAAGCAAGAGAGAGAGAUAAAGAGGCAAAUCGAGAGGGCCGAGCAAUUAGCGCCUUUGGCUUCUGUAUCUGCUGAGCCUUCAGAGGCUGAACAAACGAGAGAGUUGAGAUUAGAGACUGGAGUUAAGCUAGGCUUUGCUUUGGGAACAUCAUCAAAGUUGAAAGAGAAAGCAGAGAGUACCCGGGUGGUUUUCGAUGAGGACGAGACAGAUGAGACUGACAAAGGGAAACAGGGAGAGAAUUCCAGAAGCAAGACGGGUAACGGUGGUCGGUCAGCUCUGGAGGCAUUGAUGAGAGAAGAAGAGAYGAAGAAGGAGAAGCUUAACAGGAAGGACUACUGGCUAUGCGAGGGAAUAAUUGUGAAGGUCAUGAGCAAGGCUUUGGCUGACAAGGGAUACUAUAAACAAAAGGGAGUUGUGCGAAAAGUGAUUGAUAAAUAUGUCGGAGAGAUCGAAAUGCUCGAUGGUAAGCACGUGUUGAGGGUCGAUCAAGAAGAGUUAGAAACCGUGAUACCACAAAUUGGCGGCUUAGUAAGGAUAGUGAACGGGGCAUAUCGUGGAUCGAAUGCUCGGUUGUUGGGCGUCGACACUGAUAAAUUUUGUGCUAAAGUGCWGAUAGAAAAGGGCGUGUACGAUGGUAGGGUGCUUAAGGCUGUUGAAUAUGAAGAUAUCUGUAAACUUGCAUCAGAACUUUGAUUGAGAUAAAACAGAAAAUUCACUUUUUGUAGUUUUGUUCUUGAAAUUUUCUUCAGGCAUGCUCACAUCUAUUAUGUAUGAUGUAUCCAUGAAUGURSUUUUUCAAAUUUCUUGGUUUUAGACACUUUUUAAGAUAUUGAGUUUGAACAUCUGUGUGGACACCAUGUUAAUGAACAGGAUUUGUUUUA